AUGUCUUUCUUCACUAAGGUGAGGGCCGUUUUUCAAAAGGGGAAUAACUCAUCUCCAGCACGCAGCGGGAGAAACGGUUUUACCCAUGGAGGGUUACAAAGAGACUCCACCUGUGGUGGACCGAACAUCUGGCCUGUGAACUCCGAUGUGCAGCGUGAUAUACAAGAGGGGUCGCAUUUGAACAUGAAGGCCGUUGUGCGUGGGAUGCGGCGCACGGGGAAGUCCACUAUCGUCUCACGUCUCUGUGGUUGCUCGCCGCCUACCAGUUACAUACCCUCUUCAGAAAUCACCGCGGACACCCUUUUUUAUCGUGGCACUGCAGGGAGGACGGGAAAUUGUGGUGGUGGCGGUGCCAAGGUGGAAUUAUGGGAUGUGGUUGAUGAGGGAAUCAGCACGUCUCAAUCGGCUUCUAUAACAACACACCCAACCCUGGCGGACGCACGUUCGAUUGAUGUCUACAGGGGGUGCCACCUUGCAGCUUUUGUCAUUGAUCGAACUCGGAAGGAGACUCUGGACUAUGCCGUGCGUGAGGCGCGUCAUGUUCCACCGGAUACAUGCGUUCUUUUUAUUCUCAACUUUUAUGAUGCGCCCAGAGAUGCGCAUGUUGUUUCAGAUGGUGACGUUGAUGCUGCUUGCAAGAGUAUUAGACGGGCCACAACACCCAUGAUAUUGGCCGCGUCUGCAGGUCGCUUGCCACCAGAGGAGUACUCUAUUUCGGCGACAUGGGUGAGUAUUAGCGCCGCAACGGGUCAUGGUAUGGAGUUGCUCCGCAAUGCCUUUGAGAUUCCAUAUUCGCUUCUCAAGGUAUUGACGUUUGAGGGUCGCAUUCACGCGUACUUUCAGUUUGUUGAGGAACAUCGGGCGUGGCUGCUUAGCGAAAGAGCCAGGCUACACUUGCUGGAGAAGGAAAAACAACACGGGGCACAGGGGAAAGGAAAGGAAACGCCAGAAACGGCCUUCCGCUCAUUGCCUGGGGGUGGGGGUGAUGCUCUGCAGGGAGGCGAGGUUCGAGGCCCUCCUCCGUUGAAUGUUGUGAGUGGCGUUCGGGCUUAUCAUCACGUGGAGGAAGAUGAAAACGGCAUUGCAAAGGACUUUUUUAACGACAUCCAGGAGGAGGAGGAGGGAUCUGAUGCAAGAGCAAAGAGGAGCAGCAGUGGAUCUAGCGGCGGCCCCGGAAAGAGGAAGGCGUAUCCGGGUGAGGCAGUGAGACCAAAAGCAUCACUCACAUCACCAUCGCCUUCCGAUCCAAAAACAAAAUUUGCGCCCCCGAUGUCUCAUUUGACUCCUUCGACCACAAAACCUCUUGUGGCGGCUAACAGCGUCCCUAGUCCUUUGGUUGACGGAAGUAUGCCGCAGGUGCAUUUGCUAGCUGAUGAUUUUCGUGAAUUUCCUGACGAUGUUCUUAACGUUGGGGACGACCAGGGCUUGGACGUCAACUUCUUUGGCAGUUGUCUUUCCGGGGAGGGCUCUUCCCAUCACGUUGCCUCGGUUUCUACUGACAAGAGCGACGAUGAAGGUGAUAGCAUCCUUAUGAACGCAAACGCAGUACCGCGGGCACCGUUGGGUAUUACAGUAGAGCCCGUGAAUGAAGUUUCAAUACCACCGGACACACUCUCUAUUCAUGCGGAUGUCAAGACACUUCUCCAGGAGAUGCAGAAGGCACUAGGGACAUCCAUCAACGAAGAGGAUACACCACAUAUGCGCCAUGAAAAUAGAAAGGGCCACUUCCGUCGCAAGAAGAAAGAUGCUAAACGAAAUAAAGGACAACACCAUCCGAUGGGUCGUGUUGAGGGAUCACCAGAGGUGGAAGACAGCAUUCCUGAUGAUGGGACAUUUGAGGUCAUCCAAGAGUAA